CCUCCUAUGCCUCAUCAAGAACCUUUGUUUCAGGAUAUUCUUUUGGAUGAGCGAGGGUUCGAUAAACAUAUUGAUGGAAAUAUUGAUCUCAAUUUUUGUCAGUCGUGUUUUGCCUCUGUCAAGAAGAAGCGUUUACCUACUACUGCUAUUGCUAAUCAUCAUUUACUUGGUCCAGUACCAGAUGAACUCAAGGAUUUAAUGGUUAUUGAGGAGGCUAUGAUAGCGCGUUGUCGUGCCAAGUGUUGGGUGAUUCAUUUGAAGGAAGAAAAUUCGAAUCUUCAUCUUCCUCAUUCUCAGCGCGGCAUGAAAGGUCACAUUAUCAUCUAUCCUCAGAAUCCAUCAGUAAUUACGCAAGUACUUCCACCGUCUUUAGAUGAAGUCGUGACUCCGGUAUGCGUUUUGUUCGUUGGGUCUUCGCCUCCUAUGCAGGAAUGGUUACGUACUAAAGCAAGUCCACUUAUCAUUCGUUGUGAACGUGUCAGACACGCUCUUGAAUGGUUAUCGCAACACAACAAGCUGUAUAAAGAUGUGAUCAUAAAUCAUGGUGCAUUAGACGAGCUAGAGUCUGAACAGUUGUUGCCU